CCGGGUUUGAUUCUGCGCAUGCGCAAACAGACACGCGCUCUGCACUUCUGCUCAGUUUAAUGAAUGAUGUGUAUUUUAAAGUAAAUAUUAGAGAUGUGUAUGCUGUUAUGGGAUAAUAAGAGUCAGCUUUAUCAUUUAAAAUGCGCAAAAAAAAGUGAAUCAAAACAAACUUUAAUGCUCGGGCGCGUGCAGGACCCAGUGAUGAAGGAUUGCUGUUGUGCUUCGGAAGACAGGAUUAUAAAGGACUGAACGCGCGAGCGCUGUUGUUCGAGCCGGGUCAUGGAAGGCGUGCGCUGGGCGUUCCGGUGCGGCGCGUGGAGCCCGAGCCGGGCGGAGUGGCUGCUGGCCGCGCGCUGUGUUCAACCGGAAGAGAGAGACAGGGUCGGUCAGUUCAUGUUCGCCAAAGACGCCAAAGCAGCCAUGGCUGGGCGUCUGCUGAUCAGGAAGCUGGUGUGUGUGAAGAUGGGUCUGCCAUGGGACGGGUUCCGCCUGGACCGAACGCCCCGGGGGAAGCCGUACCUGGCCCACCCUUCCUCAGGCUCAGGCUCCGCCCCCUGGAGUUUCAACAUCUCUCACCAGGGUGACUUUGCCGUGCUGGCGGCGGAACGCGGGAGACAGGUGGGAGUGGAUGUGAUGAAGACCACCAGACCAGGCAGCAGCUCUGUGCAGGACUUCUUCCACGUCAUGAAGCGCCAGUUCACCGAUUUCGAAUGGUGCACCAUCACGUCUGCGCAGUCUGACUGGGACCAGCUGCACCUCUUCUACAGACACUGGGCUCUGAAGGAGAGCUUCAUCAAAGCGAUCGGCUCGGGGCUCGGCUUCAACCUGCAGAGGGUGGAGUUUCACAUUUUGCCCAAUCAAAUGCAGGAGGGGCGUGUCUUCUGCCAAACCAAAAUGCAUCUGGACGAGGAGGAAGACGAGGACUGGACAUUCGAGGAAUGUUUGCUGGACGAGCAUCAUCACGUCGCCGUGGCGCUGGGAAAACCCGACGGCUCCGUGGCGAACGAUGCUGGGAAUCCCGGAGAGGCCGCAUCCGUCGGGUUCACGGUCCUGAGCUUCGAUGAGCUGAUGGAGGAGGCCACGCCCCUUUCAGAUGAAGACCCCGCCUACUGGGAGAGUUUCCGGAGGAAACCGGAGGUACCACUGCGGCAGAGUGACGGAUAGGAGGUGUAUAAACUUUUGGGAUAGAUUCCAGAUCCAUCACAACCCUGACCAGGAUGAACAUGGAUGAAUAAAUAAGAGUGUGUGUGUGUGUGUGUGUGUGUGUGUGUGUGUGUGUGUGUGUGUGUGAGAUAAACCAAGCUGUGGAGUACCGUGUGCCUCUCUUGGUCUCUGCAACUCAUCCUGUUUCCUCCUUUCUCAGUCUCUCUCACUUUUCUUUCUUUUUGUCACCUCCUUUUGACAUUUAAGCAAAAACUGAGCUGUGUGUUUGUCUCUGACUUUUAGUGCCAUGGUGUUUCUCUCUUUCACUCUCACACACACACACACACGGUGUACAUAGACAUGAGAGACAACAGACACACACUCAGUCUCACACAGAGAGAAGAGCUCACAAAUGGGGGUCCAACCAAGACAGUAAAGUGUGUGUGUGUGUGUGUGUGUGUGUGUGUGUUUUCCCAUCUCGUCUCUUCUCUUCUCCCAUGAACUUUUUCCCUGUUACCACGGCAGCACAGCCUGUUACACCGAGGUGACUGGAACGUGAAGUGUUAGCCAACUGAGCUAAUCUCGUACAGUCUGACGGAGAGAGUGAUGGUGGUGUAGAUUGAGUGUGUGCGUGCGUGUCGAGGCGUGUUUCACUGAAGGCCACGCACCUACUACCGCACUCACUUAACACGCAAGCACACACACAGUAUGAGUGGUGGAACUGGGUGCAAUACAGCGCUUGGGUUGCCAGAGUGUGUUUCAAAUCGAAAUACUAUAAGUGAAAUUAAUGACUGAAAUACACUCACACUUUCCACUUAUAAACCUGGCAAUCAUGCAAAUACAGGUCAAGCGCUUCAGAUCUCAUCAAACAUCAGAAUGGGGGGGGGUUAAUGUGAUCUCGGUGACUUUGACCGUGUCAUGGACAGGCUGGAUUGAGUUUUUCAGAAAAUAUUGAUCUGGAAAUUUCACACACGACAGGGUUGACACAGAAUGUUCUCUCGAAAUAAACCUUUGGCAGUAAUUCGGCUCGUCAUGUUCGGAGAAGGAAGGGUCGUGUGUGUGAUCCCAAGAACACAAUACUCACAGCGAAGCAUGGUGGUGGGAGCAUCAAGAUACGGAGCUGCUUCUCUGUAAACGGUACUGUGUUGUUAUACAUCAUCGUCGAAGGAAACCUGACCGGAGGAAAGUAUCGCACGUGAUGCCAUAGAGGAGAACUUCAUCUCGUUGGUCAAGAAACUGAAUCCGGGGAGAUGAUGUCUGGUUUAAUAAGACAACAACCCCAAACAUACAGCCAAAAUAACUCGAGAAGGACUUGCAUGUCCUGGUCAAUCUCCAGACUGGAAUCUCACUGGAAAUUUAUGGAGGACUUUGAAACCGCGAGUCCAUCAGGGAGACCUUCGUAACCUAAGAUGAUUUGCUAAAUAAUGAUUUAAUUCCUACCAUAGGUGUCUCAAAGCUGUACUUGCCAACAGCAGUACUAAUGCAACAAAAUACUAAUGUUAGUUUGUUUUGAGUGAGAAUACUUUUUUCCUCUUAUCAUUUUUAAAAUAUAUAUAUAUAUCUUUGUUUAUGCUUAUUAAUUCACUUUUUUUUGUUUAUAUUUACAAUGCAAAGUCUAAGGACAUUAUGUGUGUAAAUUGAAAGUGGGUAUAUGUAUUAAAUAACAAACACAGCA